UGUAUCUUCCAUUUUUGUUUGGUUCACGCUAGUCGCAAGUUAUUGAGUAGUUACUCAGGCGUGGGAAGUACAAGAGUCUAGUGUUUACAGUUUGAGUAGUGAACUAACGUUCCAUUAAAGAAAGUGUUCUUGCAAUAUGAGUAAAGCACAUCCCCCAGAACUGAAGAAGUUCAUGGACAAGAAGUUGUCGUUAAAACUAAAUGGCGGACGUCUUGUUACGGGUAUUCUACGUGGAUUUGACCCGUUCAUGAAUUUAGUCGUUGACGAGACUAUUGAAGAAUGCAAGGAUGGAACGAAGAACAAUAUUGGCAUGGUGGUUAUUCGUGGUAACAGUAUUGUGAUGUUGGAGUCGCUGGAUCGAAUAUGAAGCUGUGUCUGAAUUUUGGACCAGGAUGAUUGCAUUAGUGUUCUGGUGUAAAUAGUGUACCUUUCCAACAACAAAUUUACAUUACUCUGUGCUGUCUUAUUGUUUAUUAUUAUAUUCAUUUUGUGGACAUGUCAUUAUGACAGAAGUAUCGACAGAUAGUCAUUAAUCCUACUUGUGAAGUAUUGUGUGUAAACUAUGCUCUUUUCAGUGUCUGUGAAAAAUGUGACUGAAGUGUUUAAGUUAAAUGAAAAAGCAAAAUGAUAAAAGUA